AUGGCAUCUCACGAGGCAAGGCCAUUGGUGAUGGAAAUGGAACGGGCGGAAGAUUUUGAAGAAGCUAGCAGCAGUGGGUGUGGGUGUGGAUGCUUCCCAGGUUUUAAGUUGAAGAAGUGGUGGGAAGAACAUGAUGAAGAGGGUAAAGGGCUACUUGAUGAGCAAAGGGGCGAGGGAGAGUCGUGGGUGGUGGAGAAGCUAAGGAAGGCAAAGGAGGCUUCAGAAGUGAUUGCUGGUCCUAAGUGGAAGACUUUCAUAAGAAAAAUAAGUGGGUACGGGAAGAAGAUGAAGCAGCAAAGAAACAGGUUCCAAUAUGAUGAACACAGCUACGCUCUCAACUUCAAUAGUGGGGCUCAGAGUGAAGAUGAAGCCAUGCCUUACAGCUUCUCAGCCAGGUUUGCUGCUCCAGGACGACGCCAAAAUGAAUCAUGA